CCCCGCUCUCGGGCGGCCAAUGGUGGUUCCCGUUGCUGGCGGGUGCGCCGUGUUUUUGUUUUGGGUCGAAGUUGAGGCCCGAGCGGACGCGGCGGCGGCGCCGGGCCCAGGCCGGACCGCCGGGACCCCCCCCGGGACCCCCCCCGGGACACCCCCGGGACCCCCCCCGGCCCCUCCUCACCCCCCUUCCCCCCCGCCAUGCGCAGGGACAUGAACGGGGUCACCAAGAGCCGCUUUGAGAUGUUCUCAAACAACGAUGAGGCCGUGAUCAACAAAAAACUGCCCAAGGAGCUGCUGCUGAGAAUUUUCUCCUUCCUGGAUGUGGUCACUCUGUGUCGCUGUGCUCAAGUUUCCAGGGCAUGGAAUGUUCUGGCCCUGGAUGGCAGUAACUGGCAGCGAAUUGACCUGUUUGAUUUCCAGAGGGACAUUGAGGGCCGGGUGGUCGAGAACAUUUCCAAGAGAUGUGGGGGAUUCCUGCGGAAGCUGAGCCUGAGGGGCUGCCUGGGAGUGGGGGACAACGCCUUAAGGACCUUUGCCCAGAACUGCAGGAACAUCGAGGUGCUGAACCUCAAUGGCUGCACCAAGAUCACGGACGCCACCUGCACGAGCCUCAGCAAGUUCUGCUCCAAACUCAGGCACCUGGACUUGGCCUCCUGCACCUCCAUAACCAACCUGUCCCUGAAAGCACUGAGCGAGGGAUGCCCGCUGCUGGAACAGCUCAUCAUCUCCUGGUGCGACCAAGUGACCAAGGACGGGAUCCAGGCCCUGGUCAGGGGCUGUGGGGGGCUCAAAGCCCUGUCCCUGAAGGGCUGCACCCAGCUCGAGGAUGAGGCCCUGAAGUACAUUGGAGCACAUUGCCCCGAGCUGGUGACUUUAAACCUCCAAACCUGCUUGCAAAUCACGGACGACGGGCUGAUCACCAUCUGCAGGGGCUGCCACAAGCUGCAGUCCCUGUGUGCCUCCGGCUGCUCCAACAUCACCGACGCCAUCCUCAACGCCCUGGGGCAGAACUGCCCUCGCCUCAGGUGGAGCGGGGGGUCCUGGGGGAGCGCUCGGGUGCCGCCGGGGCCGUUUUCAGCCUUCCUGGAAGGGCAGUUUUUGUCCCUGAGCUUCAUCCAGCCCCAACCCGGGGGUCCCCCGGCCCCGGCACCCACCGAUGUCGAGGAUUCGGUCGCCGGGGCGGCUCCACCGCCAGCCCUCGAGCUGCUGCUGCUCCGAGUAUUGCAGGCGCCGGUCGUGGAAGGACACCCGGACCACGCUCUGGGGACAGCGGCGGCCACGGGCUGA